AUGGCCGCUCCCCGUCUUUUCCGCCCAGCGCUGGCUUCGCGCCUGGCUUCCACCCCUCUUCGCUCUGCGUUCGCCAAGUCGUGCGCUCCUUCAUUCAUUCGCGCUCGCGGAUAUGCUUCGGAAUCCGGUACCAAGGAUGUCACAGUCCGUGACGCUCUGAACGAGGCUCUGGCCGAGGAGCUGGAGCUCAAUCAGAAGACUUUCAUUCUGGGUGAGGAGGUCGCACAGUACAACGGAGCUUACAAGGUGACACGAGGACUCUUGGACCGCUUCGGCCCCAAGCGGGUUAUCGAUACCCCCAUUACUGAGGCCGGUUUCACCGGUCUCGCCGUUGGCGCUGCUCUGGCUGGUCUGCACCCCAUUUGCGAGUUCAUGACCUUCAACUUCGCCAUGCAGGCCAUCGAUCAGAUUAUCAACUCCGCCGCUAAGACUCACUACAUGUCCGGUGGUAUCCAGCCCUGCAACGUGACUUUCCGUGGCCCCAACGGGUUUGCCGCCGGUGUCGCCGCUCAGCACUCCCAGGACUACUCCGCCUGGUACGGCAGCAUUCCCGGUCUCAAGGUCGUCUCCCCCUGGAGCUCCGAGGACGCCAAGGGUCUCCUGAAGGCUGCUAUUCGUGACCCCAAUCCCGUCGUAGUUCUCGAGAACGAGCUUAUGUACGGCCAGGCUUUCCCCAUGAGCGAGGCCGCCCAGAAGAACGAUUUCGUCCUGCCCAUUGGCAAGGCCAAGAUCGAGCGCUCUGGCAAGGACCUCACCAUCGUCUCUGUCUCUCGCUGUGUCGGCCAGUCCCUCACCGCCGCCGCCGAGCUCAAGCAGAAGUAUGGUGUUGACGCCGAGGUUCUCAACCUGCGCUCCAUUAAGCCCCUCGAUGUCGAGGCCAUCAUCGCAUCCGUUAAGAAGACCGGCCGCCUGAUGGUCGUCGAGUCCGGCUACCCCAUGUUCGGUGUCGCCUCCGAAAUCAUGGCUCUCGCCAUGGAGUACGGCUUCGACUACUUGACUGCCCCUGCCGUCCGUGUCACCGGUGCUGAGGUCCCCACUCCCUACGCUCACGGUCUCGAGAACAUGGCCUUCCCCCAGGAGGACACCAUCGUUAAGCAGGCCGCCAAGCUCCUGCGGUUGUAA